CACAAGCCACAACAACUUCCCGAUACAGAGGACACACAUCCACUCAUUCAUCUUGGUUAAAGUAUCGCCAUUUCAAGAGGAACACCGUACUGCAAUGGCAACUCGUUAUGGGCAUCAUGCAACGUCUACGUCACCAGGCCUGCACGUACCAGAUCAUCCAGAAACAGCCCUGUGUCCUGUCCGUGAGAACGUGGCGACAGCCCAGAGGGACCUAGUAGAACCUGUACGAGAGGAGGGAGAGCACGACCUCACAACCGCCUCUGCGUCUCAGGAUACAUCGGCAGCAUCUCCCGGAGUCGGGCGGCUUCCUGGAGCUCAUCACGGAACCGAAACCAUGCUAAUGCCAUAUCAGGAUGACUCAUGUGACCUUUCACCACGUGGACUCAAAGAAGGAAUUGAACAAUGCAAGUCGAAAUUCCCUCGCCAUGAUAAGACAGAACUGCAUAAAAGGUUUGCCUUAACCGAUGGAGCAGCCGCUAUGUUUCUACGCUCUGAGAAGGGGCGUAUGUAUGUUUCUACUGUAGCACAGCGGAAUGACUGCCUGAUUUACCAACCCGCUACUGUGGCAUUAGAAUCUGCUGAACCAGGGCAACCAGCAAUAUCUAAUUGGCACGGGAGGAGGAGAAACUCUGACUUGGGGAUACGACAUCCAGAGAGUGACCAGGACUUCCGGUCUCGACUCAACUCUCUUGCAGUCAAGAAGGUAUAUCCAAGGAAAGUCGAGCUUGUCACAGGUUCAAUCGCCGAGCUUAAGGUAAAACAGGCCGACGUGAUUGUGAGUGCCGGAGCCCUGUCUGCAAGUAUUCUACAAGAAGCUGGAAAUAAGCUUGAGAAGAAAGUUAAGAAGCUCUACCCUCAUGGUAUCCAGGUAGGGGAUCUUGCCAUCACUAAAGGGUACAAGCUACAGUGUGCAGAGAUCUACCAUACUACCCUGCCAACAGGGAAUACAAACCACAGAAUAAACGAACAGAAUAUAAAGUCCAUUGUCACGCGUUGUUUGGAGGAGGCAUCAAAGAAAAAACACGCCAGUCUCCUUUUCCCUGCUCUUGGUACAGGCCGACUUAAUUAUGACAAGAACGCCACAGCUAAAACAAUAUACGAGACCGUGAAUGAGUUUUGGGAAAACAACCCUGAUACAAUGUUGAAAGUCGUCAAAGUUGUUGUAAUCUCUGGACAACGCGAUGGUGUAGAUGAGGCUUUUCAAGAAGAACAUGAGAAGCUCUACGGAAAGAUUCACAUAAGAGGAUCACGCAGGCUCAGUGUCCAAGACGAAAAAGCAGCCGAUGCGCAUGUGGCAAGAGGCGUAUUGUUCGGGAACGUUCGUUUCCAGUUGGUUGAAGGUGACAUCAUGCAGCAACGUGUGGACCUCAUUGUCAACGGCAGUAACAGCAGACUGGAACUCUCGUUUGGGAUGUUGUCAAAGAAGCUGCGAAAGAGGUUUGGAAAAGAACUGGAGAAACAGUGUAAAGAAGAAGUGGGUAACAUCACCAAAACGGGUCUUGCUGUCACCAGUGUGUCCGACGCAUGUUUCAAGGCAGUACUGCACUAUGACAUUCACUUCUUCCAUGGCAUUGACAAGGUGCUACCAGCGUUAAUGGUGAAAGCAGAUGAGCUGAAGUACACAUCUUUGGCGCUGCCAGCUCUUGAUCAAGGCCGCAAAGGUGGCAUAUCAAAACAGAAGCUAGCGGAAUACGUCCAUAGCUCGCUGACGAAACACUCCGGCCUGCGGUGCCUACGUGAAGUUCGGAUGGUCAUCUUUGAGGACACUGACCUCUUCGACAGUCUGGUCAGCCUCCUCAACACCAACAUCAACGAGCGUGGUGAGGGCAGUCAACAACGGACACAGGGACACAGAAGUGCGAGUGCAACAAUGGACGACGAUGUAAAACAUUUGCAACGGCGAGGCUCCAAGGUGUAUGAAACCGAGGGAUAUGAGGUUUCAAUCCACUCCGACAGUUCACAGCGCAUUGACCAAGCCAUUGCAGAUCUGAAGUCCCUGCCUAAAAUAAAGCAAGAACCUAUUGCCGAAGAAUGUUUGGUGAACUUGACAGUUGACAAGCUGAAAUGUCUAUAUGACCAUGCAAAGAUACACAGCGUAGGCAUCUCCGUGGACACCAACGGUGGAGUUGUCAAUGUUAUGGGGUAUCCUGAUGAUGUUUACAACAUGAUGAAACACGUGUAUGAGAUAUGUGUAGACAUACGAGCUUCCCAAAUCGAGGCUAGGGCCAUACAAUGGUACUUUGUUGACGAAAAAGAGAGCGGGGAACAAGUGCUGAAGAAAUACGAGUCUGGUCUCAAUGAGGAAAUAGAGCGGGCAUUCCGGAGCAACGCCGUAGAGCCUGAAUGUAACUUGACCACUGAAGACGGCGUCAACUACGUCAUCGACUUUAACGACAUGGUGGAAUACAAGGAAGGAGACAAGGAAAAUACGUCGGUCCCUGUCGUCAGAAGGAACCUUACUGAAAUUUCAGCGAGAGACUUCCACCCACCGCUGUCCUGGGAACCCAUGAAUCCCGAUGAGAACAUAAAGGUGGUCCUUCUAAAGAAGGAUGACCAAGAGUACAGGGUUGUGGAUAACAAGUUUUCAGUAUCAAGGAUGAAAGUAGUAAAGAUCGAGCGCAUUCAGAACAAGACCCUGUACAAGCAGUACACGGCCAAGCGUGUGCAGUUCAGAGAGCCGGAGAUGCAACUCUGGCACGGAACUGAUUGUAAAGCAAUUCCCUCCAUCAACAUAAACGGCUUCAACAGGAGCUACUGCGGCAAACAUGGCGCCCAAUAUGGAAACGGUGUCUACUUUGCAAAAGACGCCAGCUAUUCCACACAAGAUAGGUUCUACCAACCUGACUCUGCCGGCUACAAAUACAUCUACUUAGCGGACGUGUUGACCGGGGAGUACACUCUGGGGAAGAAGGGAAUGAGGGUUCCUCCUCCUCUAGAUCCGGCCACUCCAGCAGUCCUCUUUGAUUCUGUUGUUGAUGAUAUAAAAAAACCUGAAAAGUUUGUCAUCUUUAAUGACACACAGGCCUAUCCAAAAUACCUGGUAACUUACAAAGUGUUGGUGGAUAUGGCGUCCAAAUAGAAUGUGGACUAUGGGAAACAACAGAGAAGUCCUGAACUAUAAUGUGUCACUGACACAACUAGUUGUUUCAGAAAAGAUGUCUAAAAUGUGAAAUGUAGACUUCGGCUCACCUUAACAUAUUGAGCUCAACAUAAGAUGCUUCUUAUGUAUAUCACAGCCAAUGGACAUUCUUCGGGUCACCCACAGACAUUUUACACAUUAACAGAAAAACGACUUUAUUUGGGUAAAUGAUUCAGAAGACUUUGUUAGGCAUGGCAUGUUAGAUGUAGCUGCUUGACUUUUUACUGGAAAUAUUAUUCCAUGUAGUGGUUACCUGAUUAGAUAUUGGAUAUUUUACUGAUGAUAUUACUGGUAGUAAUGUUGGCAUAUGAGGGUUGGCCAAAAAGGUCUGAGCCUAACAAUCAAAACCAACAAUUGUUAAAGUUUUUAGUUUUAGUUUUCAAGGUAAUCUCCCUUUGUUUCAAUACAUUUCUCAUAUUGAUAGUGAAAAUUUUCAAUGCUAGUCGGAAAGAAGUUUUCUGAAGCCACCCCGAAAAUCCAUUUACAGCAGCUUUGAGGUCAUCGUUGUCGUAAUAGAGCUUUUCACAACGGUGUUCUUUCAGUUUAGGAAACAAGUGGAACUCACUUGGUGCCAAGUUUGGCGAGUAUGGAGGGUGAGGAAGCUCUUUGAACCCACUGUCGCAUUGUUGCACGUCAAGAGGUGUGGAAGAGGCAUUGUCAUGAAGCUGUAGAACUCCACCUGUCAGCAUUCCCCACCGCUUUUCUUUGAUAGAAUCUUUCAGGUGAUGAAGCAAAGCAGCCUAGUAGGCACCGGUAAUUGUCUUUUGAUUUUCUAAGUAAUCAACAAGGAUCACACCCUUGCAUCCCAACAUACAGUGGCCAUAACAUUUUUCACUAAUCUUGAAGACUUGAAUUUUCUGGUGCCAGAGAAGGGAAAUGGUGCCAUUCCAUGGAUUGACGUUUUGACUCUAGAUCAUAGUAGUGGAACCAUGUUUCAUCACCCGUUACUAUUCUCUUUUUGAAUUUGACGAAACCCUCCUUUAAUAGCUCUAAAUUUUCUCUGGCAAUGUCAGUUCUUUUUCCCUGAAGAUCAGAAUGUAGAAACUUCUCUAAAUGUUCAUGAAUAAUAGUUUCAGUGGAUCCAUGGCUUAGAUCUGUGUCUUCCUCAAGUUCAGCAAUGGUAAUACAUAUUUCUGACAGUAUAAGUUUUUCUAUUUCCUUGAUUGAAUCUUCAUUGAUGGAAGUUGAGGGAGGUCAUCAUCAAGGCUUGUUCUUGCAGCCUUAAACUCGCAAUCCAAUCCUUAACAGUGGAACAGCUAAGGCACUCAUUCCCAUACACUUGUGACAUGCAGUCGGUACUGCUCGGUACUUGUUCUUUGCCAUUUCUGUGUCCAUUUGGACCCCUAUCACAUUCAACUGGCUGUCACUAAUAUACAAACAGCCUCAACAGACCAAAUACACUUGCAAUGAAUUACUCAAACAGUGUACUGCAUUGAAUAGUUCACUUUGUUACGCCCAUAUUUGAAAGUAGUCAGACUUUGAACUUUUUGUUCAGCCCUCGUAAUAUGUGUUAAACCCAUCUAACAAAUCUCAUAAUUAGCAUGCACAAGCCAUGACAUUCUGACACAAUGGCACAUUCAGCCAACUAUGCCCAAGUCAAACAGCCUGAAUAUGUAUGAACAUCUGCCUAUUAUCCAUAAUUAUACUACAAGUAUUAUUAAGAUAUGAUAUGAUCAUAAUACAUGUAAUCUUAAAAUUAAAAAAACAAAAACAAUGAAUAUUGUCAACUUUAAGCAUUUAUUGAUUCAACCUUUAGUUCAACAAAACAUCCAGAACCCAGGUACAGAAACUCACCUUCCAAACAUCUGUCACACAUAGUUACUACAAGCUUGUUUUUGUUUACCUGAACGGUAUUUAACAUCACUAGGAAAUUGAAUGCUUUUGAAUUGCAGGAGUGCUGGAUAGAUACAAUCAGAUGCAAAUAUUCUCCUUCAUAACGAAUAGCUUUUAAAAUGUCAACACAGUUGGAAGGCAUGUCAAAGUAUGGCAAUGCUUCUUCCGAUUUCUGGAGUAGCUCUGUAGAGGGGUCAACAAUAUACCUUGUCUGGAUACUAAGGGUGUGCGUUAUUACCAGUAUUAUUGGUAUAUUAAGGUUCAUUCUUUCUGUGACAUGUAUCACAAUAUCAUUUUUUCAUGCUCAAUAUAUAAAGUGAUUUCAAAUAGCGGUUUUUAUCAUGUGUUUAAUGUCAUAGACUUGCCAAAUGCCUUCGCGGCCCUGGAGCAUGCAUCCGAGGCCCCCAAAUCGCUUGUAUUUAUUGACUGAGUAAACUUUAUGUUGUACCAGCAUCUUGUCUUGAACAUUUAUGAACUUCAAUUCAUACCUUAAUGUAUUAGGUUGCUCCUGAAUUCAAAAUUUAGAAUUAUACAUAUAUGGUGAUACGUCUCACCAUAGGGCCUUGUGCAUCGCAAACUAUUGUGAUACACUUUAAACCUCCAAUACCCAUCCCUACUGGAUAAAGAUAUAUCUCCAGAAGGCCAUAUAAUAAAAUCCAUGUAUGUUUGACAUUGAUGUUUCAUGUUUAUAGCCAUAUUGCAUUAGUAAAGAAAAUGACAAGAGAAAAGUAAAUACACCUGGGUCCAUUAGACAUGAAAUGGAUUGAGCAUGUUGAGACCUAUUUAAAACACAAAAGAAAUUCAUUUUCAACCCAUAUUACAUAUCUUUAUCAUGUAUACAUGUAUCCUUUUGGUUAGAUACAUGAUGUUACAAACAAAAUAUAACAAAAUU